AUGUCUUCAAAAUUGAAAGAUUUAGCGGACAAAGUUCGAGGAUGGAAACUCGUUCAAAAAACCCUUCCUCGGAUCAUCGAGUACGGCAGAGCUGAAGGGAUACUGCAAACCGGCCCUGUAAAUCUACCAACGAAUGAUAUUACGAUGAUGCACGAGGCGAUCCCGUUUCUACCAGUUCCCGUCGCACUCUUGUGUUUCUUUCUAAAUAUUUUUCUACCGGGUACAGGAACAAUACUGUCAGGACUAUCAGCGUUAUGCAUGGGCCAACCACGAGUUAAUCUUAAGGAAGGGCGGAAAUUGGUGACUCUG